AUGAGUACCCGCGAAGGCCGGACGGCCAAAGUACUCAGUUGCUCCAAUUGUCGCACGCGCAAAAUAAAAUGCGACAAGAUACAACCGUUCUGCGGUCAAUGUUCUCGAUUUGGGCUCGACUGUGUAUUUCCUUCGAGAAAACCAACUAGGCGUGCGCCAAGACCGCGUCAAAGUGAACUCCUCGAUAGGAUCAGCCGUCUUGAAAACAUCGUCAAUCAGGCUGACCCCGCCAAGCUGAAGCAGUUGGAUGAGGAGGAUAUCAGUUCACAACCUGAGAUAACGUCCCUGACUGCCACUUUGAACGAUCGAUGUGAUGAGUCUCAGGCUGCGGCAGCGCAAGCUGCCAACGCAGAAGUUAGUGAGCAGUAUCUCAGUUCAGGUUUCUGGGUACACUUGUGUGCUGAGGUUGAGGGCAUCCGACAUGCGUUGAACCAGCCAUCUGAGGAGGAUGACGACGAUGAAGAGGGCGAGAGCCCAGAGUCCAUGGAUAUGCACUCAUCAGCUCCAUCUGGCUACUUGCUUGGAAACUCCGACUACAGCUCGCGACAACCAUUGGUACAUCCUCAUCCGAAUAUGAUGAUACGGCUCUGGACAAUUUACUCGCGCAACGUCGACCCUCUCAUGAAGAUCCUGCACCGUCCAACCAUGAGCAGACAUUUUCAAGCAUACGUAGAGUCGCCAACGACGCAUCGGUUCACCCCGGAGAUUAACGCCGUCAUGUUUGCUAUAUACUUCUGCGCGGCUGCUUGCCUAACACCAGAAACAUGUUUCAAGCAACUAGGAGAGAGCAAGGAGGUUAUCACAAAACGAUACCGCGUGACUGUGGAACGAGCGCUUGCUGAGGCAGAUUACCUCAGUACCACCAAGCUCGAAACUCUACAAGCCCUAACACUUUACACUAGUAUGAUGCGUGUGCAUCUACACGACCGGACAUCAUGGGUUCUCACAUCACUCGUUGUCCGGAUCGCUCAGGGUCUAAACCUCCACCGGGACGGUGACGGUCACCGCUUCACACCGUUUGUGGCGGAAAUGAGAAGGCGUUUGUGGCAUUUCAUCGUUGUUGUCGAUAUCCGCGGCUCCGAAGACAGAGGCUCGGAAUCAACGCUUGGUCGAUCAAGUUGGGAUACCGCAGAACCUACGCCGAUCGACGAUGCCGACUUUGGCCCUGACUCACCAGGGCCUCUAAUCCCCAAGGCGACGCCUGCCGACAACGUUGUCUGCAUGUGUACAGCCAUGUGUUCGGGCAUCUUUGGCUUCAUGUCGCACCCACAAUACAGUGCAAAAGGCGAACCUGAGCACUUUUUGUAUACAGAAGAUCAGCUCAUAUCUCACAUACGUCGAUUGGAAAACACCUUCAUCCAUACUGCCCGACCAUCUCAUCUUCCUUCUCUUUACGCAUCCGAGAUCGCCCGUAUUGUUAUUCUCAAACUUUGGUUGAAUAUACAGUAUCCGUUCAAUGGAGGACCGGCCCCCGACCGACCUCGUGUAUCGAAAGAAACUAUGCUACGUACGGCGAUAUCUAUUAUCGAGCUGCGUGAACGUAUGACAAAGAGCCAAUGGGAGGACCGCUAUGCUUGGUGGUCAGACACAUAUGUGCAGUGGCAUCCUUUGGCAGUUGCGUUGGCUGAACUUUGCGUGCAAACUGAAGGGGAGUUGGUGGAAAAGGCCUGGGUCGUUGUCGAAAGGACCUUUCCUUCAUCACGGGAACACAUCGCCGACACAGCCAAAGGUUCACUUUGGCGGCCUAUCAAGAAGUUAUUGAAGAAAGCAAGAGCCGCGAGAACUGAAGCGCUGCUGAAGCGAAUGGAUCUGAACCGCAGCUUGAACCUGGACCCAGUGUCUUUCAUGCCCUCAGCCAUGGAUAUGCCUCAACAGCUACAGUUCAAUCCGACGCAACAGAUGACAGACAUCCCAGUGUCUGGACCAGGCCUGACGCAACAGUACGACACAAGCAGUAUGAAUCCCUCAAUACUGUUCGACCCACCAGAAGUGUUGAAUCUCGACUUUGGAAUGGGAUUGGAGCAAGGCGUGCCUAUGGAGUGGUCAUACUGGACAGAGUUUUUCAACGAUACACAAAUGGAGACAUCUCCAGGAGGAGGCAGCGGGACAGGCGAAUCGUCGUAA